AUGAGUUCGCCGUUCUCAUUGGAUAUGGCACAUCCGGAACGUGCGUGUGCCCUUGAUUUUGGUGCACCUCUCAUGCAAUAUUCGCAGGUGUCCAAAACAUGGUCGCUGAUCGGACUUGUAUCAAACGUCAGUUCGUGUGGUGGUGCAGGGAAACCAGGCGUCUACACCAGAGUGGCCAGUUAUAUCACGUGGAUUCGAAAACACAUAAGUCAGGCUACACGACAACCACUUCGACGACUACUUCGACAACAACCUCAAAAACAACUUCAACAACCACUUCAACAACCUCAACAACUACUUCAACGACUACCUCAACGACUACCUCAACAACCACUUCGACGACAAUCUUAG